AUGGGCCUUCCUACUUCCCAGUCUUCUUACGAUGAUCCAAGAUUCAAGAGAGUUUACAAUUUCAUCUACUCGAACGGCUACUAUAUUCCUCUCCUAUCACUUCGACUCCAUCCCAACAACGACUUCUCCUCCUCCCUUUUCGACGACCAAGGUCACUUCCUCGCCAACGAAUUCGCCUGCAAGCUCCAGCGUCAUCUCUUCGUCUUUGGCUGGAAAAUAGCAUUCCGUUUCGGCCAUCAACUGCUCGCGAACCUCCAACAGCUCCAGAAGCUCGGAUUCUACGUCGAUUACCCGGUCGCCUUCAAUCUUCGACUUCACACGCCCUCGGGCUACCUACGCAACCGUCUCAUCGAGAUCAUUGCGAACGCGCACCGCGUAGCCGAUACACAACCGAAAAGAAAGGAGCGCCGCUCUUAA